CUUGUGCGUGGUCCACUAUGGAGUUUAUUUUCUGUCCUUGUAGUCGUUUUUUUGCUCAUGGUUCUUGCUUGUUCUAUGAUCUCAUUACAGUUCAUCUUUUCUGAUCAGUGAUAGUUCAUGGCGUCGCACUUUUUCGCUGCAAACCGCUUGAUUACCAAUUAGUUUUUUGUGUGGUCAUCAAUUUCCAUUAAUUGGAGCACAGAACGAUGCCAUAUCCCAAGUUCGAAUGUCCCGAAGAAGACCCAGAAGAGGUCGCUGAACGCGAAUUUGAGAAGCAGCGUGCCGAUCUUGGCUUGCCGGACUCUCGUCCUGCUAAGAAAUCCCUUCCAGCCGCUCCGCAGCCAUCACCGAUAAGGCCAACGUCAAAGCAUCCAAAGGAGGCAAAGGCCCUUCGAAAGAAGCGCAACCGUGGCAUCAGUGGUUCUUCGAUCAAAAAAGAUGGUGGCCGCUUCGAUAUGGGUCUUGACGACUACAUCUUUGACGAGGAUGUUGAUGAGCACACUGAAGACAUCGAACAAGAUGUAUAUAACGAGUUCAUCAAACCCACGAAUGGCUCUUAUUCAUCGCGAUCCAUCGGCUUUGGUUCGAUGGAAUCGGAUAGUGAAGCCAGCAAUGACUCGGCUAACGUCAGGCCUAAAAACGAUCAGAUGAUACGUGUAAAAGACCUCCUGCUUGCCGCAUUGUCCCCAGAUGAUGACGGGUCUAGCGAACAAUCGCUCGCUAAUGUGUUUUCUGAAGAGUACGAUGAAACUGGACGUGUCAAACUUCUCCAUGACGCAAUCACUGCCAUUUGCAAUAGAAGGGAGGAAGUCGUGGAUGAUCCCAUGUUCGAGUAUCGCCUGGUAACCACCGUUAGCAGAUUGAUUCAGCAGGAACUUCUCAGAAGUUCCACGGUCGACAGCUACGUGCAGUGUGCGCAGAGCAGAGACCACGGUUGGGAACUUCUCAAUGCUGCUACUGUGAAACUGCCUAAAGACUGGGACGCUGAUGUCGCUCUCAAAGGGAUAGAAAAGCUUGCUACGGAGCUUGCAACUGAGUACGAUACCAAAGAUGUUGCUGAAGAUCUUUCUGGGCGCAAUGUUCCUUUCUUUCAUGCUAAUUUUGUUUCUCAGUUUUGUUUGGACGCCAUUUUUUCGAUGAACAUGGAUGUCAUUUAUUUUGUGUCUACCGCUCUCAAGGAUUUUCUUGACCAUGGGGCUUUGAGUCCUUGGUCGGUUAAUAUUGGUUUCGAACGUUUCUUCAGAAAUAUUCAUUCUGCCGAGAUGGAUCUCCCUGGUGCUACUUCACUUGCAACUAUGCUCAUGAGUUAUGCCGCUAACGAUGUUAUGAUCAUUGAUGAUCCGACUGCUGCUACCUGCCCAAAGCGUAGCUAUUCACUCAUUCGGCAACGCAAGCACACUAUAUUGAUGUACGCCCAUCCAUGCGCGCCCAUCCAAUCGGUCUGCGGGUUCUCCGAAAUGGGAAUUGUCGCGGUCACAGAUUCUCGACUUCAUAUUCAACAUGGAAGUCGAGAAUCUGGAUGGACGAUCCUAGUUGACCCGCUGACAACCACAUGCACCUUAUGGCGAGAUUCAAAGAGACCGUUCUCCCCGUCCUUACGCGACUUCAGCAUUACCAUGAACUCUGCUGGAAGGGCCCAACCUAUAAAAGGAGAUGCGGAUAGAAAUCGCGGCAGCGGCGUCAUGACGCAGCUUCUACUUGUUCUGUUGACAGCAUGUUUAGCUGUCGAGGCAUUUGUGCGGGUUCCCAUGCACAAAACCACCUACCCACGCAGUUCAUACAAAAUCGCUUCCAUCGCUGAGUAUCUGAAACAGAAGUACAUCAAAGGAUACAAGUUUGACUCUAAUCUUGCUUAUAACGAGGGUCUUUCCGACUACUCCAAUGCUCAGUACUACGGCACUGUACAGAUCGGUACACCACCACAGACUUUCCAACUUUUGUUCGAUACCGGAUCGUCCAAUCUUUGGGUACCGUGCAAAACCUGCAAAGCUAGUGAUAUCGCCUGUGAUUUCCACACAAAGUUCGACUGCAAAAAGUCAUCAACAUGCACAGAGACCAAUCAGCCGUUCGAAAUUCAGUACGGAUCAGGUUCAAUGAAGGGAGUGGUCGACAAUGAUGUAGUCUGCUUCGGUUCCGAUCACACUUGGUGCACGGACAAGACCCAAGGACUGGCUUGUGCCACUCAGGAACCUGGACUCGCUUUCGUUGCCGCCAAGUUUGAUGGAAUCCUUGGAAUGGGUUGGGAUCGUAUCUCUGUCAACAACAUUCCUCAGCCAAUGGACCAGAUCUUCGCCAAUAAGGCUCUUUGCUCCCAAGCUCUGUUCGCUUUCUGGCUAAACCGAGACAUCAACAAUAAUGUUGCAGGAGGAGAGAUGACACUGUGUGGAACUGAUCCAGCUCAUUACAAGGGUUCCAUCGCCUGGGAGCCACUUGUGUCUGAAGACUAUUGGCGCAUCAAGCUCGGAGCCGUCACAAUCGACGGGACCGCCUACACCAACGGACCAGUUGACUCUAUCGUCGAUACUGGUACAUCUCUUCUCACUGGACCCACAGACGCGAUCAAGAAAAUCCAAAAGAAAAUUGGAGCUUUCCCAGUCGUCAACGGCGAGUACGAGAUUCAAUGCAGCCGCAUUCCGAAACUCCCCAAUAUCACCUUCACCCUUGGCGGUCAAGACUUCGUCCUCCAGGGAUCUGAUUACAUCCUUCAGGUGAGCCAAAACGGUCAAACCACGUGCCUCUCCGGAUUCAUGGGUCUUGAUAUCCCUGCACCAAAUGGACCCCUCUGGAUUCUUGGAGAUGUCUUCAUCGGAAAAUUCUAUUCCGUCUUUGAUAGCGGAAAGAAACGAGUUGGAUUUGCUGUUGCUGCUAACUCUAACGCGAAUAAACGUGUGCAAUCAGAGAUUGAUCGUAAUUGGACCAUCACUGAAGGACUGUGGAUUGAUGAAUCUACGGAGUUCAACUGCAAUAAUCUCGAAAUUUGUGAAAAAAAUCACCGCACUCCGCCGCUGUUCGCCGAACUUCGCGUUGCAUCUUCGUAUCUUGCUUCCGAGUGGAGAAGUUCUGAAUCCAAAAGCACUAUUUAA